UUGAGGAGGGUGUGCAAGUGCACACUUCCAUAUCUACGAAUUCUGACAUGACUCACUCUCUAUGAAGUCUAUUUCUGCCACAAUAGUACCUUACUUGUCAUGUGGUAAUGUCCGGGGCGGUAUACUUAGCACUAUGGGCAUUGACGUCGUGUGGACGUACCCUUCGGGAGUUCAAGCAACAAGACGCUAGUUUACCCCUUACCUGUAAGCCUACCUACCUAAGAAAUUUCGAUGUAAAAGGGGUCUACAAUAGAAUAUGGAAGGAAGGACUUCCUCAGCGGAUCAAACCACGAGCCAUUCUAGAGGGUCCGGUCAGAUGUUACAUAGGUAAAUAAAAGCCUUCUGCCCCGAGUCUUAAGAAACGAUCUAACUUAACGGGCAGUCCUCGGAGGUUC